GUGAGUGAACCUGCUAGCGAGCGAGCGAGCGAGGGAGAGCGAGCGAGGGGGGGCGCGAGGAGAGAGCGAGGGAGAGAAGAGAGAGAAGGAGAGAGAGAAAAAAAAGAGGAGGGGUUAAAUACUCCCACCAGCUUCUACAACCACAUCUGCAAGCCAGAUCGCCCCCUCCCCCUCGAGGAAACACCACCAGGGACCCACGGAGGAUUGUACCCCCCCGCCCCCCGCACCCCCUCCUCCGCAGCCACCCCCAGCCCCCCUCCGCCCUCCCCCCCAACCCCCUCCCCCACCCCAACUUUUCUCUUGCAUGAUUUCCCUUGCACGGAUUUGCCACUCGGAUGUUGUUUCAUCGGGAGCGGAGCUCGGAGCCACGUUGAACCAGCCUUUUCCUCCAGUGCUAUGACAGGCAAACUACUGGAGAAGCUGCCGGGGACCAUGAACACUUUGAUGAACCAAUUGCCUGACAAUCUGUACCCAGAGGAGAUCCCCAACUCUUUGAAUAUCUUCUCCAGCAGCAGCGAGUCAGUGGCUCACUAUAACCAGAUGGCUGCAGAUAAUGUUAUGGACAUUGGAUUAGCGAACGAAAAGGCCAGCCAGGAACUAUCCUCCUAUUCGGGUACUUUUCAGCCCGCCCCAGGCAACAAGACUGUGACCUACCUGGGGAAAUUCGCUUUCGACUCGCCCUCCAACUGGUGCCAGGACAACAUCAUCAGCCUGAUGAGCGCGGGGAUCCUGGGGGUGCCCCCCUCCUCGGGCGCGCUCACCAGCACGCAGAGCUCCGCCGGCAGCAUGGGGCCGCCGCAGGGCGACGUGGACCAGAUGUACCCCGCGCUGCCGCCCUACUCCUCCUGCAGUGACCUCUACCCGGAGCCCGUCUCCUUCCACGACCCCCAGAACAACCCCGGCCUCACCUACUCCCCCCAGGAUUACCAAGCAGCCAAGCCCGCCUUGGACAGCAACCUCUUCCCCAUGAUCCCAGACUAUAACCUCUACCACCACCCCAACGACAUGGGCACCAUCACGGAGCACAAACCCUUCCAGAGCUUGGACCCCAUCCGUGUCAACCCGCCCCCCAUCACCCCGCUGGAGACCAUCAAGGCAUUCAAGGACAAGCAGAUCCACCCGGGCUUCGGGGGGCUGCCGCAGCCGCCGCUCACCCUCAAGCCCAUCCGACCCCGCAAGUACCCCAACCGGCCCAGCAAGACGCCGCUCCACGAGCGGCCCCACGCCUGCCCGGCCGAGGGCUGCGACCGCCGCUUCUCCCGCUCCGAUGAGCUCACCCGCCACCUCCGCAUCCACACGGGCCACAAGCCCUUCCAGUGCCGCAUCUGCAUGCGGAGCUUCAGCCGCAGCGACCACCUCACCACCCACAUCCGCACCCACACCGGCGAGAAGCCCUUCGCCUGCGAGUUCUGCGGCCGCAAGUUCGCCCGCUCUGACGAGCGCAAGCGGCACGCCAAGAUCCACCUCAAGCAGAAGGAGAAGAAGGCCGAGAAGGGUUCGGCCGGGCCGCCCCCCACCGCGCCCCCCGCCGCCGCCGCCACCACCUCGCCCCCCGUCGCCCUCGCCCCCGCCGUCACCACAUGCGCCUGAGGCCGCCCCGACGGGGCCGGGCUGCCCCCUCUGCUCCCCCGCGGUGCCCGGGGCCGCCGCCCCGCGCCCCCCGCCGGCCCCCCCCCCCCCAACCCCGCUCCGGCCCGGGGCAGAGCGCGGUGACCCACUCCAGCCCGCCCAGCUGCCGCGGCUGCGCUCGCCCGGUCCCGGCUCGCCCGGUGCCGUCUUGCGGGGAUCCGGCUCCCUCCUCCCCGCACGGCCCGGCCCCGGCUCCCCCGGCCCGUCGGGCCCCGGCUCCCCCGGCCCGGCCCCGGCUUCCCCGGCCCGGCCCCG